AUGUAUCUAAAUGAAUCUGUCUUCUCACUGGUCUUGACUUUGCACUCUUUGGAACUGCCUGAGACGAACAUUUACCCUGCAUUGAUAUUUGGAGUAGUAACAUACCUGUUUAUCUUACUCUGCAAUUCCUGGCGUGUCUGUGACAGCAAUCUAACAAAUAUUAUUACAAUUUGCUUGAACAGGAAUCUUCACAAACCAAUGUACAUAUUGUUGCUUAACCUGCCUAUCAAUGAUGCAAUGGGGGCUACAAGCCUUUUUCCUCAGCUGCUGUAUAGUAUAUGGUCUCAGGACAGAUCUGUAUCCUGCUCUGCAUGUUUGCUUCAAGGCUUUUUUGUAUACCUGGAUGGCGGAGCAUCUUAUCUUAUUCUUACUGCUAUGGCCUGUGACAGAUUUAUCACUAUCUGCUGCCCGUUAAGAUAUGGAGCCAUUAUGACAACCAAUAACUUGGUGAAAAUCAUAACUGAGUUGUGGCUUUUUAAUUUUUCUGCUAUAAUUGUAGUUCCCUUUCAUGGGAACUCCUGCUGUGUCAAAGCGGUGGAGCAUGCCCAGGCAGCCCUGGAGGAGGUUGCUUGCGAGCAUUGCAACAAGCUGAACAUUAGAACGCUCCGUUCCCACCGAGCGCUCUUUGAGGAGGGCGCUUUGGCUCGUGUUCCUCAUGGUUCGGGUCCCGCUGCUGCCGAGGCAGAAUGGCGGCUCAGAUGA